GGGCAGUGGCGGAAGAGCUCAGCGCAGUCAAACACCGAAGAAGAAGAAAAUCCCGCACGUUGUUUUCCGUCUCUCCGAUUCACGUGUAAACGGCAGCGUGAAUUCAUUUCUCGGUGACGGGAGCACAAGGAGACAAAAUGACGCAGUUAGACGGUGUAAUAAAACCCAAGACGAAACGCUCCAAGCGCUUCUUGGAAAGCAGAGCACCUAAACUGUCAGAGGACGUGAAGACUGCCAUGAUUAUGAAAGGGGGGAACACCAGCCAAACCAUCACCCAGGCCCUCAAGGACAUCUAUUCUCUGAAGAAACCCAAUGCUGUGCUGUAUAAGAAGAAGAACAUAACUCGACCGUUUGAGGACUCUACAUCACUGGAGUUCUUCUCCAAAAAGUCGGAUUGCUCUCUGUUUCUGUUUGGCUCCCACAACAAGAAACGACCGAACAACCUCAUAUUUGGUCGGCUGUUUGACUUCCAUGUGCUUGAUAUGAUUGAACUUGGGGUCGAGAAGUACGUGUCUCUGAGCGACGUUAAGACCACCAAAUGUCCGGAAGGAACCAAACCAAUGCUCGCGUUUGCAGGAGAAGCCUUUGAAACGGACAACGAGCACAGGCGUCUGAAGAGUCUGCUCACAGACUUCUUCCGAGGCCCCACGGUGCCUGCGGUCCGUCUGGCAGGCUUAGAACACAUUCUACACUUCACUGCCCUGGAUGGGAAAAUAUUCAUGCGCAGCUAUAGGUGUCUGUUAAAAAAGUCUGGCUGCCGUACGCCGAGGAUAGAGCUGGAGGAGAUUGGCCCAUCUUGUGAUUUUGUUCUAAGAAGAACUCAUUUGGCCUCGGACGACUUGUACAAGUUAGCCCACAGACAACCCAAGGCUCUGAAGCCCAAGAAGAAAAAGAACAUUUCCCAUGAUGCUUUUGGCACAAAGUUCGGCCGCGUGCACAUGCAAAAGCAGGAUCUUUCCAAGCUGCAGACGCGCAAGAUGAAGGGCUUGAGGAAGAGAAAGGGAGAGAUGGCGGCUGAAGAACACGAUGAACAGGUGCCCAAACUGGCAAAGGUGGAGGGCUAAGGUCUGGGACAGCGUGGACGGGUCACGCUGUGGACAAGGGUCCAAACAUCGUCGCUGUAAGGACUGAGGCCUGCUCACCCUAAAGGAAACAGAUCUGCUCCCCAGUUUCUUUUCUAUUUUCCUCAUGUGAUGCUCACAUGCUUUUUGUUCUCUUCAUAAAUGAACCGGCUGUAUGGCAGAACUUGAUCAGGGGAACGUAAAGUCCCAAAUGGCCUUUACUCGAUAGAGAGCUGGUCUAGAGAGAACAUUCGCUUUGAAGGAAAUAAAAUCAUCUUUGAGCUGCUGCUUCUCUGAUGAGUCUCCAGGUGACUCACUUUAUCGUGUCUCUUUAUUUACUGUAAUCCUCACAGAUUCCAGGAGAAAACCUCAGGCUUUUAGACAACUAUCACGUUUUUCUUUAGGAUUUUCUAAAACGCUUCUUUUUUAAGAUAUGUUUUAGAAACAAUUUCUCUCUGUAUAUUUGCAGUUUCCACAUGUUAAGUCAUAUGAUUGUGGGGGUCAGAUCAUGUGAUGAGGGUGGUGGAUGUUUUACCUCAGGCUGAUCCACCACUGCUCUGUGAAGGAUCAUCGUCCAUCACUAUUUGGUACAGAGUGGCCACCAGUCCAACCUGCUAAUGAGCUGCCCUCCAUCUAUCAGCCAGAGCAUCUCUGACCCAUAAGAUACCAAAAGCAGAGUUUUGCUCUGGAGUCUAAUAAACCGAUAAAUCUACUUUUGUUUGUCCAGCAAUAAACAUAUUGAUUCCAUUGAUUUUGACCUUAACCCUGUUAAAACAUUUAAAUAAAGAUAAAGAGGCUUUAAUUGUCAUUGUAGUUAUACAAGGAGAUUUGUUCAGUGACACACAAAAAAAGACAAGAAUAUAAUAUAUAUGUAAUGUAAUAAACAGAUGCAUACUAUAUAAAAUAUGACUUAUAUGGCAUAAAAAAAGAAAAAAACUUUUGUAACAUGAUGAAUGCCAUGAACAAGAGGAAAUGAGUUGGAAAUCAGUUUAGUCAUCAAGUUAACAAGAAACAAGUUCAUUUCAGUGGAACUUUCCUGUGUGAGACCAAAUUGUGUGACCUUAGAUCUGAGGUCACAGCAUUCACGUUCUUAACGCAGACACUGUUGCUUUAAUUACAGUUUAGCACAUUUUCUGUCAUUCUCUCAGUCUGAUUCAGUUGACGUCAAAGUGUUUUCCCAGAGGUGUGUGUUAAGGAGGGACCAUCCUCUGGAGACAGAUGGCUCAAACCAGUCUGAGUUUAUACGGUUUCACAUUGAUUCUCUUUCACAGGCUCUGUUUCCUGCCCUUGUUUGCAUUGUUCAGCAGCUGUAGUACCAAAGAAAAGGCGCCAUACAUGGACUAGGUGGCUGUUAGUGCAUCUGUGUGUAAGCACAAUGUUAAAAAUAAUAAAUAAAUGAGACACAGUUUAAACAUU